AACGAGUACGAAACUUAUGAAGAGUAUUCCGCAUGCGCAGUUCGGUUCGUCCUUAGCUGGAACAUGGCUUCCAAACUGAUAAAAGCAGCAAAUUCGCUGUCAAGAACUUUCCCAAGAAUCCAGAAGGUAUCAGGACUGACAGCACCGGCGAGCCAGAGGUUUAGGUCCACAGAUGUAGCUGCCAAGCCUAGCCUGCAGCUCCUGGAGACUGAAACAUCACAGCUGUCUAAUGGCUUCAGAGUAGCCUCAGAGAAUUCUGGGGAACCAACAUGCACAGUUGGCUUGUGGAUCAAUGCUGGAAGCAGAUAUGAAACUGAGAAAACAAAUGGAGUGGCUCACUUCCUUGAACACAUGAUCUUUAAGGGCACAUCAAAGCGCUCUCAGCGUGACCUUGAACUGGAGGUGGAGAAUAUGGGCGCUCACUUGAAUGCGUACACGUCACGGGAGCAAACCGUUUACUAUGCCAAAUGCUUCUCUAAGGACCUGGAGCGUGCUGUAGAGGUCCUCGCUGACAUUACACAGAACAGCCGCCUCGGCAAGGAUGAGAUAGAAAGAGAGCGUGGGGUCAUCCUCCGGGAAAUGCAGGAGGUGGACAUGAACCAGCAGGAGGUUGUGUUUGAUUUUCUGCACGCCACAGCCUACCAGGGCACACCACUCGGUAGAACCAUCCUCGGGCCCUCAGAAAACAUCUUGUCUAUUCAGAGAGAUGAUCUGGUAGAAUAUGUGAACACACACUACACUGGGGACAGAAUGGUGCUCGCAGCUGCAGGAGGUGUGGACCACCAGAAGCUGGGAGACCUUGCUUCCAAGUACUUUGGUAAACUGCCCCGCAGUCACCCAGACUCUGCCCCAGAUUUCCCCACACGAUACACAGGCUCCAUUAUAGAGGAACGUGAGGACAACAUGCAGACAGCGCACGUGGCUCUGGCCAUGGAGGGCGCACCCUGGGAGAGCACAGACAAUAUUGCCCUCAUGGUGGCCAGCACUCAUUUGGGCUCCUGGGACCGCUCCCAUGGCAGCGGCACAAACCAGGUGAACAUGUUCUCCAACCAGGUGAUCGCCAACAACCUCGCACACAGCUACAUGGCCUUCAAUACUUGCUACACUGAUACAGGACUCUGGGGCAUGUACUUUGUGACGGACAAGAUGCAUCUGAGAGACAUGUUCUGGCUGGUGCAAAACCACUUUAUGCGUCUGUGUAGCGACAUCACAGAUAUUGAGGUAGAGCGAGCAAAGAGAUUCCUGAAGACAAACCUCCUUUUACAGCUGGAUGGAACCACAGCCGUGUGUGAGGACAUUGGCAGACAUAUGCUGUGCUAUGACAGAAGGAUCCCAAUUGCUGAAAUGAUCAAGAGAAUUGAUAGUUUGACGGGAGAUGAUGUAAGAGCCGUGGUUUACAAGUACAUCUACGACCAGUGUCCGGUUGUAGCUGCCAUAGGACCGACUGAACAACUGCCAGACUACAACAUCCUUCGAUCUCGCAUGCAGAGAUUUAGAUUAUAAUAGAACUGACAGGGAAAUAGGGACUAUUUAUUCCAUUGUUUUUCAAAGAAGAUGAAAGUAAACUUGAGUCAUGCGGCAAUGCUCUCUUAGUGUUUUGAAGAUCUGCAAAAUGGAUAUUUGUGAAGUCGUGGUCUUCAUUUGAUUUUUAAUAGACAGAAUUUCAACAUUAUAGUUAUAAGAAUGACAUGUGAUAAAAGUUUGCUUGUAGAAGUGUUUCGUUGAUGUAAUUGAAUUUUAAUGAGGUAGAUUUUAUUAAAAUUUACCAAAUCAAA